UUAUAACCAAUUCAGUACAAUACACACCACUCAAAAAUGAUUCACAUCCUCUUCCUCAUUGUUCUUCUCUCCACUUCUUCCACUAAUGCAGCCGAUUUCUGCGUUGCGAGGCUGAAAGGCCCUGUAACCCCGGCAGGGUACGCUUGCAAGACACCCGCCAAGGUCACAGCGAAUGACUUUGUGUUUUCAGGGCUAGGCAUUGCUGGUAACACCACAAACUUAAUCAAAGCAGCUGUGUCACCAGCAUUUGUGGGUCAAUUCCCAGGCGUAAACGGGCUCGGAUUAUCCAUUGCACGGCUAGACCUAGCCCCGGGCGGUGUUGUGCCCAUGCACACACACCCUGGUGGGUCUGAAAUCCUGUUCGUUGUGCAAGGUUCGAUUGUGGCUGGAUUCAUUUCAUCGUCCGCGAAUACUGUCUAUGUAAAGAAACUUAAAAAGGGUGAUGUGAUGGUAUUUCCACAAGGGUUGUUGCAUUUCCAAAUUAAUGCGGUUGGAAUUAAUUCUAUUGCUAUUGUUAGCUUUAGUAGUCCUGACCCUGGACUCCAAAUCCUUGAUUAUGCUUUGUUUGCUAAUGACUUGCCCUCUGAAUUGGUGGAGAAGACCACUUUUCUUGAUGUUGCCCUAGUUAAGAAACUCAAGGCCGUUCUUGGUGGUACCGGCUAAAUAGCUUGAUUAAUCGAGACAUUGUCUCUUGCUUAGAUUAUUUCCUCAAUUUUAUUAUGAUUUUGGAAUAUGUACGUUAUUUGUUUCAUGACUAAUGAAAUUUGUGCAAUUUUCC